AUGGCGGCGUCGACGGCGGAGACGAGAGAUUCACCGAGAACGCGCCUUUUGGAGUCUGGGUACGCGUCGGACGACGAUGUGGACGGCGGGCGGGAUGCGCGUGAGGCGAGAGAGGAGCGAGGUGGGGCGGUGUCGAGGCGUAAAACGUUCGCGGCGAGAACGCAUUCGCUCUAUCUCGGGCUCGAGCUCGAGCGCGCGGACGAAGAAGAGGAGUGCGAGUCGUUAGAUUUUCACGACGUCGACUCACACUGGGCGAGACGAUCGCGCGGACGCUUCCCACGCGGUUGGGCGAAGUGGAUCGUCGCAGCCGUGAUCGGGGUGAUCGUCGGUCUCAUCGCUUUCGCGAUCGACGUCGCGGUUUCGGCUCUCUUCCGCGGUCGUCGAGCGUUGUUUGAGUUGUGUCGCGACCGAGUACAUCUGGCACUCGCCGUGUUCGCGCACAUCGCCCUGGGCGUGGUAACCGCGGCGUUCGCCGGACUGCUCACGGUUUACAUGUCACCGAGUGCAAAAGGUUCGGGUGUACACUACGUGAUGGCCGUUUUGAACGGUGUGCACGUGCCCAAAGCAUUCGACGGCUUGACGCUGGUGGUGAAAUCGAUCGGAACGAUUUUCGCCGUUGGAUCAGGUCUGAUGAUUGGCCCAGAAGGACCGCUCGUUCACAUUGGUGCGGCGAUUGCGAUGCAAUUCACACACGGUGGUUCAUUUGGAAUGGCUGAGCUUUUUCGCUCCGACGAAGACAGGAGCGAUUUCAUAUCAGCGGGCGUCUCCGCCGGACUCGGGGCGGCGUUCGGAGCACCGAUCGGCGGAGUUUUGUUCUCGCUCGAAGAAGCGUCUUCGUUUUGGCGUGAAUCAACGACACAGCGGGCCCUGUUCUCGUCCACCAUCGCAACUUUUGUCUUGAGCGUGUGUCGAGCCGUUAUGAGUGGCUCCGCUGUGAAAGAACACACCGCCAUGAAGCAACCCGGCUUGAUUGCACUCGGAGAGUUUGACGCGACCUACUACCUGGUUGAAAUGCCGUUUUUUGGAGCGCUCGCGGGCGUGUGUGGAGUGAUCUCGGGUCUCAUUACGAAACUGAUCGUCGUUCUAUCGGAAUUCGCGCCGAUUCGGAAUUCGCAUCGAUUCGCACAAGUUGUCGUCGUCACCGCGGCUACGCUCGGGGCAUUUUACCUCGCCGCCGCCGCUGGGUCGUGCGUGAAGACAUCUCCUGAUGAGACGACGAAAUGGAGCGAAGCAUCGAUUCGUCUGUGGUGCAAACCGGGUGAGUACGCCGACGUGGGAUCGAUUUUGCUCGCGAACAAGCAAGACGUCAUCUCUUGGGUGCUCGGCGCCCCCGCCAACGCUCACGCAGCUCACGCUCUUCUCGUUGCGUUCUUCGUCACGCUGUUUGGCAUGGUGAGCGCGGCGAAUCUCUUUGUCCCGGCAGGUUUGUUCAUGCCAACGAUUCUCUGGGGUGGUUUACUCGGUAGAUUCACCGCGAUUCUAGUCGAGCGUUCUCUCUCGCCGCUUGGCGGAGAAAUAAAGUGCAACCACCACGCGUACGCUCUCGUCGGUUCGGCGGCCGCGCUCGCUGGGACGUUCAGAGCAACCGUAUCGGUUGUCAUCAUCUUGUUGGAAGGAGUCGGGAAAAGCGCUUUUCUGUUUCCACUGCUCACCGCGGUCGCGUGUUCAAACUUCACUCGAAGGAUGUUCGGAGCGAGCCUGUACGUGGAGCAACUCCGUCAAGCAAAAAUCCCAUUCUUGCACACGAAACCGCCAAAAUCGCUCGACGACACGCUUUGUGCUUCGGAUAUAUGCUCACGAGACAUCGUGUACUUUCGCACGAUUGAAAAAGUUGGCGUCAUCGAGGACGCGCUCGCGAACACGAGGCACAACGGUUUUCCCGUAUGCAGCUCAAAGUCAAAGCGAGUCCUUGGCGUCGUGCUUCGCAAGCAGCUGCUCGUGCUCCUGUCCAGACGCGCCUUCGUGGAGAAUCUCGUUCACGCACCUCGAGCAGAGGACGGUUUGGCCGAUGAAUCCGUUCUCGGAGGUCGAACGCCCGACGACGUCGUCAGCCUACGAGUCGCCGAGUAUUGCAAGGAACUGAGUCGCGUCAUGCGACGAUAUCACAACCGCGGCACCGACGACGAUCGUCACGGUCGUCGAGCGACCUCAUCCAUCAUCGCCAUGCUCGGUCUCACCGACGUCGAACGCGAGCGCAGAUGCGAUUUGGGCGUCUUCAUGCAGCUCGCUCCGCCCACGACGCGCGCCGACGCGAGCGCCCGCGCGGCGUGGGAAACCUUCACUCGACUCUCGCUCCGUCACCUCCCCGUCGUCGCCGACGACGACCGCGGCGCCGUGAUCGGCGUGAUUACCAGAAUCGAUCUCAUCGUCGCCGCCGCCCGUCGUCCAUCGACGCACGACGGCGACGGCGACGACGACGACGACGACGACGGCGUCUGA